GCCGUCCUCCUGUAACCACGGCGACGCGGCGGGCCGGGCGCCUAGGUUCUGGCCUGUUGGGCGUCGCCGCAGGGCUCCGGGGUCCGCGGGACCGCAGAUCAAAGUUGAAAAUGGCCCAGGAGGUGUCCUGCAUCGGUGACUGUGAGGACACUAUCAUUACAGAGAAGUACCUGGCUGAGUCCACGGAGGCUGUGUCUCAUGUGCAGCUGGCCUGCAGCAUGCUGUACUGUGCCUUCCCCCUGCAUGGGAACCAGCUUUGCCUGUGGAGCAUCAGGGACCCUUCUCACCAGCUUCUAAUCCUGCAAGGACACCUUCAGUCAAUUACUGCUAUGACUUUUGGAAAUAAAGAGAAUCCACCUCUAAUCUGUUCUGCAUCACAGGAUCAUCUUAUGAUAUGGAACCUGGAUGAAUGCAGAGAGAAGUCACUUAAAGGGCUGGUUCCUCGAGGGACCGUCAUGGGCACGCUUUUGGAAAAAGUGCUGUAUUUAAGAUUUAGUCCAGAAGACCGUGUUGUUGCAGCAUGUGCUGGCAGCAGAGUGUUGGUGUUGGACGUGGAGAGUCCAUCUGUGCUGGUGGAACUGGAGGGCCAUCAGGGCCCAGUGACCGCUGCAGAAUUUUGUCCCUGGCAGGGACAAAUCCUCAUUUCAGUGUCUGAAGACAGGAGCUUUAAGGUCUGGGACCACUGUUUGGGAACAUUAGUGUACAGCUCGUCURUUUUUGCAGCAUAUCCUCUCCUGAGUUUGUUCAUCGAUGAGGACAGUAAGCAGCUUCUCACAGGGUGUGCUGAUGGCCAGCUUUGGGUCUUCAGUUUGAUAGAAAGGCACCAUUACCGUUGUGUGGCACGUGUUGACCUAAGGAGGAAAAACAAGGCUUUCUUCACCCGAAGGAUGGAGUCCGAGGUGUGCAGCCUGCCAGAGGAGAGUCAGCGCCCCUCUAGGAAGAUGCUGGACCAAAGAGAAGAGGCUGAAGCAGCCCUCCCCAUCCUGAUGCUGGCAAGCUGCUACCUUCCACGCCUUCUAGAUGCUGGAUGCGGAGUCCUCCCUUCUGAGAGCAGCACCUGCUUGUGGAUCGCAAGUUCAACUGGUCUGUUCAUAUUCCACCUGGCAAGCUUGGAACUGGAGCAUGCACUACACUUCAAAGACUUCAGGGGCCUCAGCGUCCAGGUGGCUGGUUCCUGCGCUGUGACGAGCCAGGCUGCUGACCACAAGGCCUUUUGCCUGCUCACGUCCAUGUUUGGGAAGAGAAUCGCCAUACUGGAAGUCAGCCUGGAUACUCUGGUGAGGUCCCAGCAGGGCCCUGUCCCCGAGAAGGCACUGUCAGUGCUGGCGAGCUCCUGUGUUCUACCAACUUCUCCCCUGUAUCUUGGAGUUGUUAAGGAGAAAAGUACUAAACCUUCUGGUCAAAAACAAUCUGCUGUGCAGAGUGCCGUGGGGGACCAGCCCUUGGUUUUCCACGCCAAAGUCAGGUCGUCCGGUUACGCAUUGCCACCGCGUGUCACUAUGUUUUCACCAAAGACUAACAUCAAGAAAGAUGGUAAAAGAUCUUCAAAAUGCAAGAUCAAUUGCAAACGUGAGGAGUACCCUUUGGAGACCUCUGUGCCAAGUAAACCCAGCAAGCAGGUUGCUGUGUGCCAGGAGCCCACUGCUGUGAGCUGUGUCCAGUACUCAGGAGAUGGACGGUGGUUGGCCUGUGGCUUAGCCAACAGUCUUUCUCUGAUCUUUGAAGCCAGCCUCACUGGAACACCUGCUGCCCUUUCAGGUCAUGAUGGAGCUGUGAGCACCCUCUGCUGGAGCCACGACCAGAGGUGGCUGCUCUCUGCUGCCAAGGACCGGACUCUGAGGCUGUGGUCGGUUCACAGGAAGGAGCUCCUGCUGCUUCUGGACAGAGGCAGGCUUUGUAAGCCGGUGCCAUCUGCACAGUUCUACUACAUGGAUGCCUUCAUUCUACUCUCCUCUGGCCAGGAACUCCAGCUGCUGAGGUACCAUGUGGACCCCGUCAGAGAUGACAUAAAAAGGUAUAAGCCCAGGAGCAGGUACGAGUGUGUCCUCAGGCUGUCCACCAGGGGGGCCACUGAGGUGACCAGCUUGUCAGCGGUGAACGACUUCUACUCCCACGUGGUCCUCACAGCUGGCCGCAACAGGACUUUGCAAGUUUUCGACCUCAACACCGGCUGCAGUGCUGCAGUGAUAGCAGAAGCCCAUUCUCUGCCCAUCCAUCAGAUCUGUCAGAAUAAAGGAUCAUCCUUUACGGCCCAGCAGUUCCAGGCCUAUAAUCUUUUCCUGACCACAGCCGUUGGUGAAGGGGUGAGACUGUGGGACCUGAGGACCCUGAGGUGUGAGCGCAGUUUUGAAGGACAUCCGAACCGUGGCUACCCCUGCAGAAUUGCUUUCAGCCCUUGUGGACGGUUUGUGGCCUGCGGAGCUGAGGACAGACAUGCUUACGUGUACAACCUGGGCUGCAGCACAUUUUCCCAUCGGCUGGCUGGACACACAGACACCGUCUCUGAAGUGGCCUUCAACCCGGCGGCUCCCCAGCUUGCCACUGCCACCGUGGACGGGAAACUGCAGCUCUUUGUGGCUCAGUGACUGUGCCGGGUGGUUCCUGGAUGUGAGAGGAGAGCAAGACGUCCCUGCAGUCCCUCUGGGCCAGCGCAGGGAGGUUUCCGUGGUUAGGGUCUGCCUUCCACAGACCCCUCUUCCCUGGGGCUGCUCUCAGCCUGGUGAGUCUCCCUGCCCCUCAGCCCCUCACCAGGAAAUGGGC